AGACGAUGGCUCAGACAGUGUUGACAUAGGUCAAAGGCCUCCUAAAGUACUCUUGGUCCGUCUGGUAUCCUCGACUACACUAGAUCAGAGAACGAAGCCGACGGGCUGAUCAGGACGGGCUGAUCAAGGGUGUAACGAACCGCCGAGCAGGAUCGUAAAGUAGCGCUGCACACGACUUGGGCUGGAGGUUCACAUCUGCGUUCUGCGGGACCGUACAAAACUAGGAGAACAUGUAUGAACCACCGGGGAGCUGAUUGCCAAGCGACACUACUCGAGCCGCGCUCCUCAGGAAGACUACUGCUAGUUGCGAGAACGGUUCGUCACACGUGGCUCGUGCACACCACCAAAGCGAUCACUUGACGCGUCGGGACUUUCGGAUCUGGGCAUCGAUGGCGGGAACCCAAUGGCGGCCGUUGUGAGCACUGAGCCGGUCGUAGCAAUGGCAACGACACAGACGAGCGAGGACAGGAUCAGCCACGCGGAGCUGACGGAUCUUCGAGCAGUGCAGAGGACGUUUGACGGAGCCUACGCACGCACAGCGCUAGCACAGCUCAGCUAUGCUGUCGUCAUCUUGCGCCUCUUCGACACGAGCUUCUACUGGUGCGGCCUGACGUACACCAUCCUGGCACUCCAGCUCGUCUUCAUUGCCAUAUAUCGGUAUAACCUUGCAGUCUCCAACCACGACAAGUGGUCAGAUACCCAUCGGCUCGGCACCGUCGCAGGGCCCGUCUCGCCAGCGGGAACACCGGGAGUGCAGCUCCCGCCUGGCCCCGACCAGCCCGUGAUUGUGCGGCCCGUCUUUCGAACAGCGGGCACAGUGGUGUUUGUGGCGACGCUUUCGACCCUCUGUGUCGAGAUAGCGCUUGCAGUGCUGAUUCUCAGAGUAUGA